GUCAGAUUGGGCUGCCAUAUUUCUACGCGCUAGCAGCUAACGGUCGGACGGAUUCGUAUGGGGAAGGUACAACAAUCCAGGGCAAGGAUUUAGUCCAGAUUGUUUUUAUCUCUUCGCUUUGGCAAGAAUAGAAAUUACAAAGAAAUGUCGGAAGAAAUUGAGGGAACAAAAACGACAGAGGAGACGGUGGUAAAUGACCAAAACGAAAUGGAUGACAAGGUUAUCAGUCCAGAGAAGGUGGAGGAGGCAAAACUAAAGGCUCGCUACCCGAACUUGGGACACAAACCCGGAGGUUCUGAUCUGCUACGCAAACGAUUGACCAAAGGGCAAAAGUACUUUGAUUCGGGGGACUACAACAUGGCCAAGGCCAAGGUGAAGAACAAGCAGCUUCCUGCAGCCACGUCAGAGAAGAGUGGAGGGGAGAUCACAGGAGACCACAUCCCCACACCCCAGGACCUGCCCCAGAGGAAACCCUCCCUGGUGGCCAGCAAACUGGCUGGCUGAUAAACACACACACACUGUCCUGUCUUUAAACCCUGUCUAUACUCCUAACAGUUACCCAGCUACCCUGGUCCCUGUCUCUCUACCCAACCCCCACCCCACCCUGUGUACUCUCCAGCCCCAGAGAAACUCCUCCCUUGGUGGCCAGCUAAUUGGCACACACCCUACUCAGCUAACCCUAUCUCUGGUUGUGUUCCUCACGCUCAGCACCUCGGGCCACUCAUCCCCGCUUUCCCCCGUUCUCUACUCAGAUGUUAUGGCUCCCUAAUCCCCUCUCCCACCUCCCCUACCCGCUCUGCCCCCUCCUCCCCCCUCUUUUUUCUUAUUUUCUACUUUUGUGUAUAAAUACACUGAAAGGAAGGUUGGGCCUACUACUACAGGAGGUGACUGUAAAGGUGGUUGUAACUCUGUCCCCUAUUACAUCCUAUCCCCUCAAUAACCCUAUGGAAUGCAGUGUAUGGGGAAUAGGGUGCCAUUUGGGAUGCACAUCUGAAGGGUCUAAUACUGGAGCUGCAGAGGGCCUCAAAUGACACCAUAUUCCAUAGGUAGUACAUUAGCAUCAACCAGAGCCCUAUGUGGCUGCCUUAUGAGCCUCUGGCCCAAACGAGUGCACUACUUAGGGAAUAGUUUCCUGUUUGGGACCUGGCCAGACAUAUGGUCUCUGGUUUAGAGGGUAGAAUGUCAUUGCCAGUCCUUUUAGCUGAUCAUGUACAUAUUUCUAAUUGUGUUGGAGAGGAAAACAGAAAUCAGGAUUUUAGAAUGUUUUACUGUAAAAUAUGAUCCUUUACCAAAUGUUGUUAGCAUUGUCCUCAUAUAAAUUAUGCUGUAUUGUGCUUGAGUGAUGGAUUAUGAAUAUAACCAUGGUAAUGACUGACCACAA